AAUACAUUGUUUCCGGAAGUAGUGAAGCUGUUAUCCACGCUGCAAGCUUGGGCCACACGUUUAGUUAGAAAUGUUACUUUGACCGUCACUAAAAUUGACAGAGCGCAUUGGACCCAUAGCGACGUGGACCCAUUUCAUACAAGGAACAGUUACAAAAUGAGUGCUAACCGACAUUAUUCACGACAGUAUUCACGUGUGGCCCGCGCGGGUCACCCCUCCUUACCGACACCGUCUUUCUAAAAGUCAGUCUUUAUUGUUUUCAACCAUUUCUUACGGGUAACGGCUGUUCCCUUUCCCACAUAAGCAGCGGACCCUCCGAGCAGAGGGACGGGGGCCCAGAGGCUGACAUGAACCCCCCGAAGCGGCUCCGCACCACGAUAGACUGUACCGCAGAAGACGAAGCGGAAACGGUGACAGGAGAGCGGGAGGAGGGGAGGAGGAGUGUUGUGGACGUGAGUAUUGUCAUGCCAGUGUACAAUGCAUCCUGUUGGCUGGAUGAAUGUCUGCAGGCCAUAUUACACCAAGACUUCACAGGAACCAUGGAGCUCUCCGUCUUUGACGACGCAAGCACUGAUGACUCUAGGAAAGUGGUGGAGGGUUGGAGGGAGAGGCUGGAGGGCAGGGGCGUCUCAUUAGUGAUCUCCGGUCACGUCUCUGCCCAUCCCAGAGGAGUGGGAUAUGCAAAGAAUAAGGCAACAUCUCAGAGUUGUGGACAAUACCUGUGCUUUCAGGAUGCGGAUGACGUUAUGUUGCCUCAAAGAGUUCGAUUGCAGUAUGAGUCGUCUGUCCUCCACCCAAACUCUCUGAUUGGCUGUAAAGUUCAGAGGGUUCCAGAAGGAUCUACUGAGCGUUACACUCGCUGGAUCAACACAAUCACUCCGGAUCAGCUCAUCACACAGGUGUACACGUCUCACGGACCCACAGUCAUCAUGCCAACAUGGUUCUGCUCAAGGAACUGGUUCCUGAAAGUCGGAUCGUUUGACGAGGGAGGCAAGGUGAUCCAAACUAAUCCAAAGCCUUCUCACUCUGUGUCUGUUUCUUUCUUCUUACUUUACCACUCCAAAUGA